AUGGCGACGUUCGAGGCGCCGCCGCUGCCGGCGUGGUCGGCGCGGCCGCCGCGUUCGCGGCGGUGCCAGGCCGACGGAAAGGAGGCCGGCCGAAAGAUCCGAGCGACCGAUGUGAUCGAGAAGCCCAAGCAGGAAGUUAAGGGCGACCUGGAAAAGGAAAACGAAGAGCUCAUUGCGACUCUGGCCGAGCAGGCCAAGGGCUUUGAGAAGAAGACUGUGAAUGAAGCCUUCGCCGUGCUUAGAGAGGCUGUGUGGCGGGUCUUGGAGCUGUGGUAUUUCGAUGUGCAGCUCUUGGGUGGCCUGGUCCUCCACAAGGAGCGCCUGGCUGAGAUGAAGACAGGCGAGGGGAAGACCAUUGUGGCGCUCUUGCCGACCUUCCUGGCUGCCUUGGAGGACAAGGGUGGCGUCUUCGUGGUCACGCCCAACGACUACCUGGCCCGCCGCGACGCGGAGAACGUGGGGCAGGUGCUGCGCUUCUUGGGGCUGACCGUGGGCCUGGUGCAGUCCACCAUGGAGGUGGCCGACAGGCAAAAAGCCUACAAGUGCGACGUGGUCUACUUGACCAAUGCCGAGCUGGGCUUCGAUUACCUCCGCGACAACUUGGCCGUUUAUCCACAUCAAGUCGUUCAGAGCAAGAGCUUCCACUUCUGCUUGGUGGACGAGGCAGACUCCAUUUUGAUCGACGAGGCCCGCACGCCGCUCAUCAUCUCCGAGUCGGUCCCUGCGGUGCCGCGCCAGUUCGAGGCGGGCCGCGAGGUGGCCAAUGCUCUGAAGAAGGAUCUUCACUACACCGUAGAUGAGAAGAACAUGAACGUGGUCAUGACAGACCUGGGAGAGAAAGUGGCUCAGGACCUGUUGCAGGUGGAGAACCUUUGGGAGCCUGAGGAGGCUUGGGAGGGGGGAAGCCUGCAUAGCCAGGCAUGGAUCUUGUACGUUUUGAACGCGGUCAAGGCCAAGGAGCUCUUCCAGCUGGGUGAGGAGCGUAUGGCCGUAUGGGAAUACAUCAUCCGAGAUGGAAAAGUCUCCAUCGUGGACACCUUCACUGGCCGUGUCUUGGAGGGCCGGCGCUGGUCCGACGGCAUGCACCAGGCCAUCGAGUGCAAGGAGAACAUCUCUGUGAGCGUACGGUCUCAAGUAUCUGCACAGAUCACCUACCAGUCGCUCUUCCGGCUCUUCCCGCGGCUCUGCGCCAUGACCGGCACCGCCUUGACGGAGGCCGCUGAGUUCGAGGAGAUCUACGGCCUCCGCUGCACCGGCGUCCCCACGGCGCGGCCCAACGUGCGACGCGACUACCCGGAUGUGGUCUACAAGACCGAGGAGGCCAAGCUGAACGCCAUCGUGGAGGAGAUUGUGCUGAACAACGAGCGCAACGGCCGACCGAUUUUGAUCGGCACUGCCAACGUGAAGAUGUCUGAGGCCAUUGUGAGCCGGCUGAGGGAGGCGGGUGUGGAGCCGCAGCUCCUGAAUGCCCGGCCGGAGUCCAUCGCUCGAGAGAACGAGACCAUCUCCCAAGCAGGCCGACUGGGCAUGGUGACGGUCUCUACCAACAUGGCAGGGCGUGGAACCGACAUCAUCUUGGGUGGCAACCAUUCUCAGAUGGCGGCUCUGAACAUCAGAUCCCGACUGGCAGAUGCCCUCCUGUCCAUGGAGGAAUCGGCCAAGGUCUACAACCCUGGGGAGGAGUUUUAUCCAACAGAUAUUCCAGGUAGCCUAGAGAAGAGCCUCACGGAGGCAGUCGAGGCGGUGGCCAAGUGCCCGGCGGGCGAGGCCACACAGAGCUUUCUGGAAGUGGAGGAGUUGGUGGCCUCAGUGGGUGGUGAGGCGCCCUUUGAGGCCAACGAGAGCGCUCAGGCGUUGACGGCCCUGCGGAAGGCGCGACACCUUUGGACGGUUGGAUGGAGAGGAGUGACGAAGUUUUCGGGAGUAUUCGACAAAGGAGUGGACGUAGAGAUCUCUGUUCGAGACACAUGGGCACGCUUGAACAUCGCACCGCCAGAGGCCUUCGCAGAGCUAAAGACGCUCUACAAGGACCUGAUGCGGAUGCGGUUUCCCAUUGACGCACUGACAGAUGAGAAGGACCAGGUCAUCAAGGCGGGCGGCCUCUAUGUCCUGGGCACCACACGCCACGAGUCUCGUCGCAUUGACAACCAGCUGCGCGGUCGAGCAGGUCGACAGGGGGAUCCGGGAACCACCCGUUUCUUCAUCUCCUUGCAGGACGAUGUCUUCAGAGUCUUUGGUGGCGACAAGAUCGAAACCUUGAUGGACCGCUUCCGGCUCGGCGACGCGAUCCCGCUCCAGAGCCCCAUUGUAAACGAUACGCUGGACCGUGUGCAGAAAGCAGUGGAAGAGUUUUUCAAGAAGACCCGCACGACCUUGUUUGAGUUUGACAAGGUGAUCUCUAAGCAGAGAGAGCUCACCUACAAAACUCGGAAGGUGCGCUGGGAAAGUGCCCGUUCAAAACUCGUCACAGACAGUCGAGCCCACCUGAGCACUUGA